CCUCCGUGAGGCGGCCCGCCGCGCAGGGCGGGGGCCCGCUCCGGGGGGGGCGGUCGGUCGGCGCCGGGGGUCGCCGCGGCGGACGGCGCCCGUUUGAGGCGGACGGCGCUGGAGCGCGAGUGGCGGCGGUGAAGCGGCCAUGAAGGCGGGAGCUACUUCCAUGUGGGCUUCCUGCUGUGGAUUGCUGAAUGAAGUCAUGGGUACUGGGGCUGUCCGUGGCCAGCAGGCUGGCUUUGGGGGAGGUGCUGGCCCGUUCAGAUUCGCACCAAAUACAGACUUCUCAGCAUAUCCAUCUCCAGCUGCAGCGGGCACUAAUAUAGUUUGCAAAGCCUGUGGACUUUCCUUUUCAGUUUUUAGGAAAAAACACGUGUGUUGUGACUGCAAGAAGGAUUUUUGCUCAGUUUGUUCGGUCUUACAAGAGAAUCUCAGAAGAUGUUCCACUUGUCACUUGCUGCAAGAAACAGCCUUCCAGCGCCCUCAGUUAAUGAGAUUGAAAGUAAAGGAUCUGCGUCAGUAUCUGAUUCUCAGAAACAUACCGACAGAUAUGUGCAGAGAGAAAGAAGACUUGGUGGAUCUUGUGCUGUGCCACCAUGGAUUAGGUUCGGAGGAGGAUAUGGACGCUAGUAGCUUGCAUUCGUCACGGUCACAGACUUCAGGCUUUUUUACUCAUCCAUUUUCUAUGUCUGUAUCGGUGUCGUCUCAAGGAGAACUUGCAAACAGAAGGGGAAGCACAGGAAAUGGAACACCUUUACGGGGACAAACUGAAACAUCUUCUAUAAAUAAUGAAGAAGAAGAAAGUGCAGAAGAGCAGACCCCUGGACUGUCCAGAAAGAGAGCGAGGGCGUCUUUGUCUGAUAUUUCAAGUCUGGAAGACAUCGAAGGGUUGAGUGUUCGGCAGCUGAAGGAAAUACUCGCGUGUAAUUUUGUCAACUACUCGGGAUGCUGUGAAAAAUGGGAACUUGUGGAAAAAGUGAGCAGACUAUACAGAGAGAGUGAAGAAAACCACAAGACACAGGGCGAGAAGAUGCAGCUGAACGACAACGACGAUAACCUGUGUCGCAUCUGCAUGGACGCUGUGAUCGACUGCGUCCUGCUGGAGUGCGGCCACAUGGUCACUUGCACCAAGUGUGGCAAGAGGAUGAGCGAGUGCCCCAUCUGCCGACAGUACGUUGUACGGGCUGUGCACGUGUUCAAAUCGUAAACCAAGACCAAAAACGGAUUUUACAGUCACCCUUCCAGGACUGCUGUGGGCAGCGGUGCCCAACCUUGGGGCUUUUUAGUUCCCAAUAAACACAGCAUUUUGAACAUCUGGAUCUAGAAGUUUGUGAAACACUUUUCUACAGCGUACCGAAUCCCAGGGUUGGGCAGUACAACACGAUGCCAGUGUGUACAGUAAGAGCACUGCCUGACUUACCUUAUAAACCCACAAACUGUUUGAGUCAAACUGUUUACAGCAGUUCUUGCUCUCUUCUGAAGAAUAUCACCUCUAAUUAGCGUAUUCAGUACUCAGCAAGCGGUCAGAAAACACCACUGCUCGACCAUAUUAGAGUGUUACGUCGUCUAGUGCAUUAGAAGCAACGAAUAUAUCAGUUGAAUAUUCGGCUUUUAAAUAAUUAUAGAAUGUAACUGUUCUGACACUGUCCCUGUAACAGUGUUAACAGUAUAAAAUAUGACUGUAGAAAGCACUGCCAUUAACUGUACCUGCACAGAAGCCCUUAAGCAAUCUGUUUUAUGCCGAUUGCUUCCUUCAGUGUGUCUGUCAUUACACAGGUACUGUCUUGGCCAUUCUUUGUCAAUGUACAAAAAGCGCUGUCGCUUUGCAGGGCUCUGCCAUGUGCUGUCCAGAUACCGAUUACUAAGUGGUUUUUAGUUUAGGAAUAAAAUAUUUUUUUAAAAAGGGGUAUAGAAAACCAUAUUCUUGUGGUCCUUAAUCCACUCAUGCCUAUUGUAACUAUUAAUCUUAUGUGUGAUGAUUGUAUGCCACGUGCCGACAACCUGAUGUUACUGUGAAUACUAAUCAGGGUCAUGAAACUACUUGCUGCUAACCUGUGGAAUGUAUGGUGUUACUAACCUUAAAUGGGGAGGGGUUUUAUUAAGGGGAAGGAAACAUGGUAUUUGUUUAAAAACCUCAUGUUCACAGCUCUUUUAACCGAGGCCGAGUCACUAUUAACCACGCUUCCUGGAGCUGCGAGUGACUUAUGUUGCUGUCAGCCCUUGGCCCAGGUUCCAGCAGCAGGGUACGGGUCCUCUUGGAGCAAGGACUUCAACAGUCCUUGCAGGACGUCUGGGGGAAGAGGGCAGCAAGAACAGCUCUUGUUCUGGGGACAGGCUGCCUGGGGCCAGGCGUGGCCUUCCCUGAUGAAGGUCUAAAAUAAGGGCGGUGAGGAAGGGCAGGCCUGACCUUUCAGCAGGGUUCAGCAAUGGAGCUGCGCUUUCUUCUUUUAAUUUCCCACAUGAGCCUGAUACAUUCCCACAUGUAUCAGGGCCACACUUUGCCUCAGCUGCAGCACUUGAGAACUCGUUCCCUCUGCUACACUGUCACGCCUGCUCUGGGCUUUUAUGUAAAAAAUUAAGCUGGCUUGAAAAAGAGAAAGUAGCUCCUCCUCAAAAUAAAAUACACAGCUUAGAGCCAGCGCGGGUUAUUUUUCAGAAGGGAGCAAACCUCUCAAUGGCUUUAUUUUUUAGAAGUAACUUUUUAAUGGUACUUAAUUCCUGGAGUCUCUGUUCCGUGGGUAAGCUAAUGAAGAAAAACAUACCCUAUAUGUUAUUUCCAUGCUGAUCAUUAGCCACACAAGCUUAAUAAAGAUUUGUGAUGGGC